UCGCGUUGAAAAAAAAAAUUGUUUGUCGGACGCGACCACCUUUUUUCACAUUUUUUCACGCACCUCACAGUCACAGUUGUAUUUCAUGAGGGGAUCAAAAAGAUAUAAAAAGUCGACGUUUUUCUGCUGCCAGGACACUCUCCAUCGUCCUAUUCUUUUUAUUUUCCCUCAAAUACAUCUUUAAAAUCAAAUAACAUGACCGCCUCUGACGUUGCUGACCAGCUUGCUACCUUGUCUGUAAAGACGGAUCUUUCUACCAAGAAGGUCGUUAACCCUAUGGAUGAAGAGGAAGAAAUCCUCAAGGAAAACCCUCGCCGUUUCUGUCUCUUCCCUAUCAAGUACCAUGAGAUCUGGCAAUUCUACAAGAAGGCUGAAGCUUCUUUCUGGACUGCGGAAGAAAUCGAUUUGUCCAAGGAUCAGCAUGACUGGGAAACCAAGAUGAAUAGCGACGAACGCUACUUCAUUUCUCACGUGUUGGCAUUCUUUGCCAGUGCGGACGGCGUGGUGAAUGAAAACUUGGUGUCCAACUUUUGUGACGAAGUGAAAAUUGCCGAAGCCAAGUGUUUCUAUGGUUUCCAAAUCAUGAUUGAAAAUAUUCACGCUGAGACCUACAGCUUGUUGAUUGAUACCUAUAUCAAGAACAAUGAUGAAAAGGAACGCCUCUUUGACGCGAUUGAAACGAUUCCUUGCAUUAAACGUAAGGCUGACUGGGCUUUCCGUUGGAUCUCCUCCAACGACUCGUUUGCUGAACGUUUGGUGGCGUUUGCUGCCGUCGAAGGUAUCUUCUUCUCGGGUUCGUUCGCUUCCAUUUUCUGGCUCAAGAAGCGUGGUUUGAUGCCUGGUUUGACCUUCUCCAACGAACUCAUUUGCCGUGACGAAGGCUUGCAUACCGACUUUGCUUGUCUCUUAUUUCAACAUUUGCGCAAACAGCCUUCGGAACAACGUGUGGUUGACAUCAUUGUCGAAGCCGUCGGUAUCGAACAGGAAUUCCUUACCGAUGCCUUGCCCGUGGCUCUCAUUGGUAUGAACGCUCAACUCAUGUGCCAAUACAUCGAAUUCGUGGCCGACCGUUUGUUGGUGGCUCUUGGUUUCAACAAACACUACAACUCUACCAAUCCUUUCGAUUUUAUGGACAUGAUCUCCCUUCAGGGCAAGACCAACUUUUUCGAAAAGCGUGUUUCUGACUAUCAACGUGCUGGUGUCAUGAACAAGACCCCCACCGAAAAGAACUUUACCUUGGAUGCCGACUUUUAGACCAAGCAUUAUCUUCAUGGAUCAUAAUCAACCCAAGGCUUUUUUCUUCGCUUUUUAUCAUUUCUUUUAUUUACUCCAUUCCCCCUCCUCAACAUCGUCAUCCCCAUUCCCCAUAAAUAGUGUACCAAAAAAAAAAAGCAAAAAGCAGAGAAACAAAAAAAAACUUCAUUUUCAUUAGGCAUAGGAACCCAUCCAUGGAGUCCUUUUAAAAUUGUAUAUACUAUUCUCCCUUCUCUUAUCAACUCUUCAUCCAAUAAAGCGAUAAAACACAAUGGGUACUUUUAUGUUGGUAAGCAUACCUUUUUGUUUCAUCUCACACGACAAUUGGCAUCAUAUCGCAUGCCAUGAUACGCAUUCUCCGCU